AUGACUAGUAGAGAUUCGAAAGUUUUUACGAAACCAAGUUUUUGGGAAUGUGAUCAUUGUAAACGUCUUCUGAAACAUGGUGAGUUUCGUUUGAAUUGUACUGUUUGUCUUGAUUAUGAUCAAUGUGAAACAUGUGCCACAAGUGAUGUAUCAAGUCAUCCUCACCGAUUGGUUCGUGAAAUAGCCUAUGGUUAUGUUGAACAAGUGGAAAGUAGCAGACAAGAUCUAGCAAGUCGAAUCCGAACGGCGAUCAAUACUUAUGAAGAUCGAUUCUGUAUGGGUGUGCGAGAUGGUGAUUCAUAUUCAUGGGAAACGUUCAAAGUUAUCGGUGAACGAAUCAUGAAGUUGAGUCAUGGAUUGCGUCGUUUGAUGAAGCCACGUGAGUUUAUUGGUAUCUGUGGAAGUAAUCGACCUGAAUGGCUAAUUACUGAUUUUGCAUGUAUUCUACAAAGUUUCAUCACCGUGCCCAUCUAUUGUCAGUUCACCGAUCGUGAAGUGAGUUAUAUCGUUCAAAAUACGCCUCUCUCCAUUGUCGUAUGUGACCGAGAGAUGUUACCGAAAUUCGUUCGAAUACAUGGUGAGUGUCCAUCACUUCGACAUAUCAUAUGUAUGGAUCCUGUCGAUGAAUCGAUGUCGAAGAUCGAUGGUCUAUUCAUUCACAGAAUGACGACAAUUGAAAGGUUUGGUUCGAUGAAACAAUAUGAGUUUGUUAUGAGUGAACCUGAUGAUUGUGUUACAAUUAUUUAUACUAGUGGAAGUUCAGGAUUUCCGAAAGGUGCGAUGAUCUCGGCGAGUGCAUUUCAAAGCAAUUUCCCUCCGUUGAACUUAUCGUUUCGAGAUGAACAUGUGAAGUUCUGUUAUCGACCAUUGGCAUGGGCCACGGAUCGACAAGGUUCAAUAGCUGUCUUUCUCAGCGGAGGACGAAUAGGAUUCUCAACAGGCAACGUCGAUCUUCUCAUGGAAGAACUACUUUUAGUGAGACCAACGAGCUUCUCAGGUCCACCGACGAUUUGGAAUAAGAUCUAUUCUGAAUAUAAAGCAACUCUCUCAUUGAUGACAGCAGAUCAAUCAGAUGAAGAUGCAGCCAAAACGGAAGAAAUGCUGUUGAAACAAUUUGCAAAGUUGAUUCCAAAUCGAUGUCGAGUUCUGUCCAUUGGUGGUGCAAUGGUAAGUGGUACUGUGCUUGAUUUUAUGAAGCGUUGCUUUUCGGGUCAAUGUGAAAUUAUGGAAUCUUAUGGAACGACCGAAUGUGGAAGCAUCUCAUUUGAUAAUGUCGUUGAAGCUUCAGUCGAGUAUCGUCUCGAAUCAGUUAUCGAAAUGGGAUAUACAGUUGAAGAUAAACCAUUUGCACGAGGAGAAUUAUUAGUGAAAACGAACAAGAUGUUUUCUGGAUACAUCAACAAUCCUGAAGAAACCAAAGUCGCAUUCACUGAUGAUGGAUAUUUUCGUACAGGAGAUAUUGUUGAAGUACAUCAUGUCGAGAAUGGACAAGCGAUCAUACGGAUUAUUGAUCGAAAAAAGAACUUUUUCAAACUUUCACAAGGACAAUUCGUGUCACCCGAGUUUCUCGAAAAUAUUUAUCGACAAAGUGCGUUUGUCGAACAAAUCUAUAUUCAUGGGAAUCUAUUAGAAGAUUCUGUUAUAGCAGUGAUUGUGCCAAACAGAGAAUAUGCUCAAGCAUUUAUGAAAAAACAUCAUCUGAAUGCAGAGUUGAACAGUUAUCGCGAAGCAGAGAAGUUACUGUGUGAUGCUAUAAUGAAUGAUAUGCGAUCGUUAGCAACGAAAGAAUCACUUCGAAAACAUGAGAUUCCUUCACGAUGUAUCAUCAGCUUCGAACCAUUUACAUCAGAAAAUGGUUUGCUUACAUCGUCGAUGAAACUUUGUCGUUAUCGUUUGGUUGCUCACUUCCACGAUCGAUUGAAGGCAACUGAAUCAAUCGAAGAUCGACUGAAAAGUCUAGUCAAAAAAGCUAUUGGACGCGACUUCAGUUCAACCUCAUCAACAAACAUCAUCUCUCUAGGUAAUGACUCGUUGGCUGCUGUACGUCUUUCUCGUAGUAUCCAGAAUGACUUGGGAGUAUCGAUUCCAUUGCAUCUACUAUUUGACUCGAAUAUGACUCUAGAAAGUCUCACACAAAUGAUUGAAGAUCCAUCUCGACUUGCAUCACGCUCCAAUUCAAUCAAAUCACGAUUGUUACAGGAUGCUGCAGAAGUGCUCAAUGUCAACAUCGAAGAAACGAAAGACGCAAAAGAUUCCCCUGCGAUCGUUUUCAUCACUGGAACUACUGGAUUCGUUGGUGGUUUUCUCUUAGCUGAACUACUGAAAGUAUAUCCUUAUAAUUGUAAAUUUAUUUGUUUAGUUAGAUGUGACAUGUCAACACCUCCACUAGAUCGUAUUCGGAAGAACAUGAUAUUCCUUCAAUUAUGGAACGAAACAUACGAAGAUCGUAUCGUUGCAGUUCGAGGUGAUCUUGCACAAGAAUAUUUUGGAAUGGAGAUGGAAACGUAUUCUGCAUUAGCAAAUGAAACAGAUGUGAUCUUUCACUGUGGAACUGUAGUCAACUUUGUGCUUCCAUAUGAACAUCUUUACAGUUCGAAUGUUUUUGGUACUCGAGAAGUAAUUCGUUUUGCAAGUCAUCAUUCGAUGCGAUGCAUACCGAUACACUACAUAUCUACUAUGAGUGUUCUACCAUCGACUGUAGAACACGAAGUGCAUAUCGAUGAAGUGUCGACAGGUCAUCUGAGAACGGGUUAUGCACAAAGUAAAUGGGUAGCGGAGAAGCUUAUCGCUGAAGCUGUUCGUCUUGGUUUGUCAGUGACAAUCUAUCGACUUGGAUCAAUCUGGGCAGAUUCAGAAACUGGUGCUUGCAAUCAGCACGACAUCUUUACACUAUUUAUAAGAGCAAUGAUGAAAACUGGAUGCUUUCCGACGACAGCUACCAACACAAGAUUGAAUGGUCUACCAGUUAAUUUAGCAGUUCAAGGUAUUGUCUCAUUGAGUCGUCAGUGGUCGAAUAUCAACGGGAAAGUGCAUCACAUUGUUCCAUUCGGCGAAGGAAUAUCAUUUGAGAAUCUGAUUGUGUGUAUGCGGCAAUGUGGUAUGACUCUGAAUGAUGUUUCAUACGAAGAAUGGAAAAGAAGAGUGGCGGAACAGUCGGAGUCUGUCGUAGAAUUUUUCUCUGAGAAUCCUUUCGAGAGAACCGUACCUAUAAGAGAUUCAUCUACAAGCACUAUCGGAUGUGAAGUGCUUGAUGAUAUUUUUGUUAUGAAAUGGUUGAAAUUUAUAUUGAAUCACAUUAUUGGUGAUCCAGCUGUUUAA